AUGUCACAUAUUAGGAAAGCGUUCUAUUCGAUCGAAGAAAUUUUGUUACGUGAAGUCAUUUCGAAUGCAUCCGAUGCACUCUACAAAAUUUUAUAUGAAUCACUCACCGAUCCGUCGAAACUCGAUACCGGCAAAGAACUAUACAUCAAAAUUAUUCGAGACGAAACAAAUAAUACGUUUACCAUCAUCGAUACCGGUAUCGGCAUGACUAGAAACGAUCUCCUGAAAUUUGCUGGUGUAUUUGACGAAUUGCGGCGCCGGUGCAUUCGAGCAUUUAUCGAAAAUUUUCACGCAGGUGCCGAUAUUUCGAUGAUUUAUCCAAUCGGUCUCGGCUUCUAUUCAUGCUAUUUGGUUGCCGAUCAUGUUAGUGUCACGUCGAAACACAACGAUGCCGAACAAUACUUGUGGGAAUCGAGCAGCGGCGGCUGGUUCACCAUCAAGGAUGACACCACCGGUAUACUGGAAGAGUUGUUAUCUAUUAGAAAGAAGAAAAUCAAGGAGAAAUACACUGAUGAAGUAGAACUCAAUAAUCAAAAACCGAUCUGGACACGAAAUCCGAAAGAUAUUUCAACCGAAGAAUAUGCUGAAGUAUGCAAACAAUUGACAAAUGAUUCGGAAGAUUAUUUGGCAGUUAAACAUUUCAGUGUCGAAGAUCAACUGGCAUUUCGUGCACUUCUCUUCAUUCCAAAACGUGCUUCGUUACAUUUAUUUGAAAAUCGUAAAACAAACAAUGCCAUCAAACUUUAUGUUCGACGUGUAUUCAUUAUGGAAAAUUGUGAAGCACUUAUGCCUGAAUAUUUACAUUUUAUCAAAGGUGUUAUCGAUUCAGACGAUUUCCCAUUCAAUAUUUUACAUGUACGAUCACAACACAACAAAAUGCUUCAAGUUAUUCGUAUUCAUGAAGAUCCGACAAAUCGUGUUAAAAUUUCGAGUUUUCUUCGUUAUCACACAUCGAUAUCGGGUGAUGAAAUAACUUCACUCAAAGAUUAUAUUUCACGUAUGAAAGAAACUCAAAAAGAUAUCUAUUAUAUCACGGGUGAAUCACGACAAAUUGUUGAACAAUCUGCAUUUGUUGAACGUGUUCGUAAACGUGGCUAUGAAAUUAUCUAUAUGACUGAACAAAUCGAUGAAUAUUGUGUACAACAACUCAAAGAAUAUGAUGGAAAAAAAUUUGUUUCAAUCCAAAAAGAAGGAUUUGAAUUGUCCGAAGAUGGAACGGUGGUUGAAGGUAAGCGCCCAGUUAUCACUUCCUAAUUACAGUACAGUUUAUACAGGUCAUAGAUUUUCUUCACAGAGUUUUUACAAAUAUAUGUACAGAAGGAUGAAAAUUUUGAAUAUACGAAGACAGAUAGAUGUUGACUGUACUGUGUAAAAAGAAGGAAUGAAAAAUUUUUCUUCUCCAAAUCACCGUCCCUGGGGUCACUUGCGGGCGCAAAAAACGAAUUUCUCUGAUUUCAAAAAGUGGGGUCUCUAAAAUAGCUUUUACCGUCUUCUGAGACGAUUCCAAUAAUGUGUCCCGUGUUUCUUGGAAACAGGAACGUAGAGAAAC